AUGUUGAGGUUUGUGGGGUUUAAUGUGGCCAAUAAUGGACGAAAUUUGUUCUUUUCGAAUCAGAGCUUGUUGUCCAUGAAGCUCCAAUCCAGACUUAGACUCGGGGCUGCUAAGAGUCGAUUCAUCCUGUCAAAUUUAUCGAUUCUAGAAGCUGGGUUUGGUCCUCGGUGGCGCUAUUAUGAGCUCAAAAAAACAGUGAUCAAUAGUGUCAACCAAACAAAACGUUCUAGCACCUGGAAGAACUACAACCGACACUAUGGCAGAACUAGAGCCCAAGCCUUGAAAAAACCAUUACUCUUUACCUUGGCAUUUUGUGGAAUAACCACCUUUGCAAUGCCUUACUUGUAUCAGUACACCCCAUUAAAAUUAUACAAGAGAAACCCACAAGCUCUUAUAUACACCAUUAUAGCAUUGAAUGGUGCUGUUUUCUUGAUGUGGAAACUGCCUCAGAUGGUGAGGUACUUGACUAGGUAUGGACUUUUGGUGAAAGAUAAUGUGUCCAAUUGGGCCAUGGUUGGGUCGGCUUUCUCACAUCAAAGCUUCAGCCAUAUACUUAUCAAUAUGUUUGUGUUGCAGUCGUUUGGUAGCACUUUGGUAUCGAUGAUUGGAGUGGAAAACUUUACCAGUUUGUACCUUAAUUCGGCGGUGAUUUCAUCCUUUUUCUCAAUCUUGAUUCCAGUCUUGGCUAGAUCCUCGUUGCUGACUGCUUCUUUGGGUGCUUCUGGUGCGAUCUUUAGUGUUGUUGGUGCCUUCUCAUAUCUUCUUCCGAAAGCACCACUUGCCUUCUUCUUCAUUCCCGUACCUGGUGGUGCCUGGUUUUUGUUUUUGGGAACCAUUGCCUAUAAUGCAGCAGGUAUCGUUUUCAGAUGGGGAGUACAUGAUUACGCUGCUCACUUGGGAGGCUCGGCAGCUGGAAUUGCCUAUGGAUGGUACUACAACAAAAAGCGUAGAGAGGCAGUACGUCGCAGACGAAUUGCAUUCUAA